AUGACUUUACCUUCGGCGGAGCAGACAUCUCCGACAGCCUUAUCAUGGAAUGCGGAUUCUUGGUUGUCAAUCCCUAAAUUUUUGGGUGCAUCGCACGUUUCCUCAAACGACCCGGAUGAUCUGAUGCAGGAUGUGCCUGAACUUGCAUUUCUUAAUGAUCUGAUCGAGUCGAGCAUAUGCUUAAUUCCUAAUUUCGUACAUGGUCUUCAUGCUACUCAACUUGAACCGGUUCAGGACUCAUCUCAAGCAAUUACCCCUCUUCAACCGCCUCUCAACCAUAUGUCGAGCUUGAAUAAUAAAGGAAAAUCUAAAUCCAAUACCUGCACGCCCGCCACAAAUACCCACUUAUCCGGUGCUACUAAUCGAGUCAAGGGAUCUGCUCGCAUUGGCAAAACCAAAAAGUAUUCGGGCGCCAGUGCCUCUGUUAUCAGGAAAAGAGCGAGGGAACGGAAAGCGCAUCUGUUUCAAGCAUUUGCUCCACUUGAGAAGGCAAAGAAGGCUCUGAAAUCUUAUUCCAAGUCGUCCAGACACUUCAGACAAAAGUCCGAGUCCUUGUUUCUUCAGUUGGAGAAGCUUAUAGAUGAGGCCAUCUGCUCAGAUGAUGCAUCGGAUUCUUUCUCAAUUUCAGAAGCAUCAGAUUUGGAGGCGGAUUCAGCAUAUGAAUCAUUUUCUGACAUGCCACUAUCGGACGCUUCGAGCUCUGUAUUUGAGGAACAGGAUGUUCACCUUGGAAGGCAGGCUACUGCACCAUCCAGUAUUCAAAAUUUGGAACUUCAUUUGGAUGAAGAAACACCUAGACUAGUUCAGCCUUGGCCGCCUAUUUAUUCAUGUACAUAUGGACCUGAAGACGAACGAUGUCCAUAUGCUACAAGCAGAAAGUCCGAUUGGAUUCGACACGAAGAAUCCGAGAAACAUUGGCCCCAGAAGCGUUAUAUGUGUAUGCUCUGCGCUGAAACACAAUCAGACGAAGAUUCAAAUCCUUGCUGCACUUACUGCUCUUUAGCAUUCUCAACAAUUGACGAAGUGCACAGUCAUAGCUUGAAUUGUAUUGAAGCAAGAAUAAAGGGCAAGACGUUCACAGGGGCAAAGACGGAUCACUUUCAAGCCCAUCUUGUCGACGUUCAUCAUUGUCUUGGACUCGACAAGACCUCUGCAGCCUGGACAUACAAUCACAAAACAAAAUGGCCAAGGUACUGUGGUUUCUGUACAUACCAAUUCAAAGAUUGGGAAGAGAGAAAACACCAUGUUGCCGAGCAUUUCAAAACAGGCGCUGACAUCUCAAAUUGGAAUCCUUCAUUGCACAAUCCACGACGAGAAACCGAGGAUGAGCCAGGCUCACCACCAAGAAACGACGAUGACGAUGAUGAUGAUGAUGAUGAUGACGAUCAUUCGCACCAAUAUGACAGAGGAAAGUAUUCUGCAUAUGAAGCUACGCAAAGUACUUACUGCACGACUGGCAGUGACAAUAGCGGCUCUUUCAACCUAUCAAUUAAUGGCUACUUGGACUGGGGUUAUAAUGAAGGGGGAUGGGAUCGGUAUAAUAUUGAAUAUGAAGAACGUUGCUCGAACUCACUUGAGAGCUGCCUCAACUGCCUUGGGAAAGGUCGACAGAAGAUGAAACGAUACAUUCCUGUCUAUGAGCGCUGUGUACCCUAUGUCAGCGGACUCAUCAGAAUCCCAAAUUUUACUGGUAAUGAUGCUUUAAACUACGAGUCAACAAAUGCGGUGUCGAGAGCCUUCCAAGACAGCACAGUUUUGCAGACGGUUCAAACGGGUACCUCUUACAUGAAUGGACUUGACACUAAGCCCUGGAAUCAUCUGCUGGAAUCUACUACGGGCCUCGAGACAAUCGAUGGCGCGUACGUGCGGCCAGAGGAUAAGUCGCAUCGCAACAUAAGCUUGGAAGGUAUGAUAAGUAAGAUGGAAACUACACAGGUUGCAUAUCAGUUACCGAGUCCUCGAUAUUUUUAUUCUUCUUUCCCGCAUUCAAGCUAUUCAAGAGAGCGUGGGAAAUCUUCCAAAUGGCUUCAACAAUGGCGAAAAGUGCAUCCCAAAAGAGACAGAAAGCUUUGCUUUGAAUCUCGCUGGAAACAUUGUACUGAAUGUGAUGAGCCUUGCACCCGAGAAGAUAGUUUAAGAAACCAUCGGGUUUUCGAUCGAAUGCACCACUUGAGAGACCAUCUGAAAUCUCACCAUCGAAGAGUAGCUGACUCUGUAAACCGUCUGCUAUCUGGAGUAAUAUUUAACAAUCAAUCCAAGCUUUGUUCUCAUGUCCCAGCCAAGGAGUGGAAGAUUCGCAGAGUACUCAAGACAUCCUACUCUGGUCCAUUGCAUCAACACCCCGAGGAGUAUGAAGAUGAAAGUCUUCUUAUAUCUUCCGACACUAUCUUUUGGGGAGACAGGGGCAACUACAUUUUUGAUCCGCCGAAUUGUUUUUUGAACAACAAACAGACUUGUGGACCAGGACAAAGAUUGCAAGAGCAUUUCUCAGAAUAUACGCGUCACCGGAUAUAUAGGGCAAUGGGGCAUUCCUGUAAAAGAGAGCCAGAUUGCCCUAACCACCAAAGAUGUGAAGAACAACAUUUAUUGUGGCCAAUUUUUGAACUUUGGGAGUGUGGGAGGGCAUCCGAAGAGCAACUGACUUGGAUGAUCGAACCGAAUUUCAAGCCUUUCGGGAUUACAUCAGAUCGACCAAAAUAUCAAAAGGCGAAAUCAGGAUUUCCACAGUCGCUAGCGCUUGAAAGAUAUCUUUGCGAUUAUGAUCUGUCUGAACACCUGGCGUAUCUGGCUUUCCAGCAUAUUAGUGGUGAUGCAAGAAGUGCUUCGAAUGCACCGAUUGGAUGUCUUUGA